GACUAAUUAACCCCCGCCGGCGGUACAUAGUAAGGCCUGAUCUACUCAAUUACUCAUCCUUUCUUCUCUCCUUUCUACCCUCCCUACCCACCCUCUCUACAAUGUAAAUCCACUUCUAUAGGACUUAAGGACGGGCGAGUUGCGGACUUAGCUUAAGCAAACGCCGACAAGAGUUUUGAUAUAUAAUCAUCUAUUCAUGCAUCUACUGUACGUAGGUGGCUACUUAGGUGUAGACAAACACGUAUAAAUACUAGCUAUCCCUCCUCGGAGUUCAAUGUUUCCCUCAACGCCUUCUUUUCUUCCCCUCUUCAAACAAAUACAACAAUAAGAGAAGCCGUGGGUAUCACUUAUUAUAUCACUACCGAAAAAAGAAGCCCCUCCUAUCUCUAAACCAGGAGAACCAGCUAAGAAUCAGAACCAUGGCUACAUAUAGCAUUAAUUCCACUUUUAAGCUAAACAGUGGCUAUGAGAUUCCCCGGUUGGGCUUCGGAGUAUACCAAACUCCACCCGAAGAAACCGAGAAAGCAUCCCUCGAAGCAUUAGGUAAUGGCUACCGCCAUAUCGACUCAGCCGCUGCUUAUCGCAAUGAGGCUGGAUGUGGUGCCGCCGUUCGAUUUAGCAAGCUGCCACGAUCUGAAAUCUACUUUACCUCCAAGAUUCCGAGCAGUGGCAUGAGCUACGAGGGUGCCAAGAAACAAGUGGAAACGAGCUUGAAAACGUCGGGUUUCGAUUACAUUGAUCUAAUGCUUAUCCACUCGCCAUAUGGUGGCUCAGAAGCGCGAAAAGGAGCUUGGAAGGCGCUCGUCGAGGCUGUCGAAGAGGGCAAGAUCCGAUCUAUUGGUAUUAGUAACUACGGUGUCCACCACCUAGACGAGCUAGAAAAGUACAUUGCGGAACUAGAAGCUGAGCGAGGUGGUAAGGGCAAGGGCGGAGUUAUCUCAGUCGGCCAAUGGGAAAUUCACCCUUGGUGUCCUCGAAAUGACAUUGUUGAAUGGUCCACCAAACGCAAUAUCGCUGUCGAGGCAUACGCUCCCGUCAUACGCGGCCAGAGAUUCGGCGAGCCAGUCCUAGUCGACCUCGCCAAGAAAUACGGAAAGACUGAGGCUCAGAUCCUCCUCCGAUGGAGUCUGCAGAAGGGCUAUAUCCCACUGCCCAAGAGCGUCACACCCUCCCGAAUCAAGGAGAAUGCCCAGAUAUACGACUUUGAACUCUCUAAAGAGGAUAUGGGCAAACUAGAGUUCGAUGUAUACGCACCCGUGUGUUGGGAUCCCGUUAUCAGCCCACUAGACAACUAAGGCCAGUGAGAUAUUCUGAAGAUCGCUGUGUUUGAUUACCUUAUAUGCGAUAUCCGGGUAUUCAUAAUUAUUUGAACUGGGAUGGCAACGACACAAUGCACUGCUUAGACGGUUGUUUUUGUUGAUAUAAUUAUGAAGAUACG